CCUAUGUGGGCGUGGCUUAGUAGCAGCUCCCUUCCUGAACAUGGCUGCCCUCGGGAGGCUCGUCUCCGUCUUCAGGAACGCAGUGAGGAGUCCUCGGUCUCUGAGAGCUGUAGCACGGCACCGUGCUGUCGGACCCGCUAUAGUGGGCUCAGUUCUCGGUACCGGGCUUAUCUGUUAUUACCAAUAUCUUCCUAACAGGACUCUGCACUUUGCUGUCCAUGCCGAGGCACCGAAAGAAGUAGCAGCUCCAGCUCUGUCAGCCAGGAAGGUUCGGUUCAUCCAGUUCGCCUCAGUGGUGUACGAGCAGGAGCCCUACAUGACCCCUAGAGACUUCCUGUUCUCUGUGAUGCUGGAGAAUGUGGACCGAAAGCUGCAGAAGAAAAGUUUAACCACACAGGAGGUUAACCACAUGUUGGCCACUGCCUCUAAAGCUCUGGCCGGUAAUGAACUGUUCAGAACAAUAGGAGACGAUGGUUUGAUAUCCUACACGGAGUAUCUGUUCCUGCUGACCAUCCUGACCAAGCCACACAUAGGAUUUCAUAUUGCUUUCAAAAUGCUUGAUGUUGAUGGCAAUGAGCAGGUGGACAAAAAGGAAUUUCUCAAGGUAAGACAUCUAAUAUAUAUAUAUUUUUUUUAA